UCCCAGAAGCCCAUUGUGUCGAGCGGAGGAAACCCUGUGCAGCCGGCAGCCAUCUUGGAUAUAGAGAGUUCACGUAGCAGGCUAACCUGGCCAACACCUCCUGUGAACAGCUCAGCCACACAAAGCUCAAAGCACUUCAUUCCUGAGCCACAAUGGCCACUGCACCGUACAACUACUCCUACAUUUUUAAAUACAUUAUAAUUGGGGACAUGGGUGUAGGGAAGUCAUGUUUGCUUCACCAAUUUACAGAAAAGAAAUUCAUGGCAGACUGCCCCCAUACAAUUGGUGUGGAGUUUGGCACAAGGAUAAUUGAGGUCAGCGGUCAGAAGAUCAAGCUGCAGAUUUGGGACACAGCGGGACAAGAACGCUUCAGGGCCGUCACCCGCUCCUACUAUCGUGGAGCUGCAGGCGCCCUCAUGGUCUAUGAUAUCACCAGGAGAAGCACAUACAACCAUCUCAGCAGCUGGUUGACUGAUGCCAGAAACCUCACUAACCCCAAUACCGUGAUCAUUCUCAUAGGAAACAAAGCAGACCUGGAGGCCCAGAGGGAUGUCACGUAUGAGGAAGCCAAACAGUUUGCUGAGGAGAAUGGUUUAUUGUUUCUGGAAGCCAGUGCAAAAACAGGUGAAAAUGUGGAGGAUGCCUUCCUGGAAGCUGCUAAGAAGAUCUACCAGAACAUCCAAGAUGGCAGCCUGGACCUGAACGCAGCAGAGUCGGGAGUCCAGCACAAGCCUUCGGCUCCUCAGGGCGGCCGGCUAACCAGUGAACCACAGCCGCAGAGGGAAGGCUGCGGCUGCUAAUGACCAAGCAAACCUUUAACGUCUUCCCCCUCCUUCUCCCUCAGCCAUCCCCCUCCAUCCAUUCCUCCACCUCUGUGCAUCUAUCCAUCCUCUCCCUCCCUCCCUGGCUGCAGAGGGAAGGAAUGAGGGACGGAUAUCGACCCGGGCCCGACUGAUCUGAGCGGACUUCAUCUCUCCUGCUCUGUAAACUGUCGUGUUGAUGUUCCCCAGUCAUAGCGUCACAGACCUCCAUCACACGGGUUACUGACACUUUAGGGUCCCCCCCCCCCCCAGUUUGCUUUUACAGAUAACACUGCAUUAUUCUUCUUUCCCCCACCUCAUAUGAAAUCUAAAAUUGUCUCCUGACACCUGAGUUGUUCACUUGUCCGGCAUUUUAUCAUAAAAUCUUCAUUGUGGUUAACUGAUGUGGAACAGAACAGUCAAAGCAAGGAAGUAGUGCAUCAUGCAGCCACACAAAUAGAGGAUCUUAAGUGUUUGUAGCUGAGUGGGUGUGCAGGUUCCAAACCUGAAAUUGUGGUUCUGCUGCCAGGACGCCAAUGUUCUGGUUACAGACUCGAGGAACAUGCGGUUGUUUGUCCGGCCUCUCGCAAAGGUCACAGGAAAGAUACGUUUUUUUGGGGGGGGUUUUUUCCCCCCCAGCUCGUCUUUACGCGUGUAAAAAGGAUGGGUUUCUUUUGUCUAACUUAAAAACGACACUUUAAACAAGUUUUGUAUGUCCUGUUGCUUGAACGAUUUAUUCAAAUUACUUUCUUUGCACUGCUCCCCCUCUCCAUAUAUCAAGAGUCUCUACCAGCAUUUUGUUUUUGUUGCCUUAUUACUGUUGAAUUGCAUUGUUUUGCUGCAUUUGUUGGGACUAACCUCGCCCUCAAUCAAUAAAAACUUUGGAUGGCAGUAUAAUAUAGUACCGGGUUGGGGUCAAACUACUUGGAAACAGCUAACACGAUUGUCAAAUAUUUCUCAUAUAGUUAAGCCACCACCUUUGGGUUUCAUACCUCCAUCUGGACUGUUUAGAUAUUAAACACUUUUAGAGCUGCACUGACGAGCCAAUUAUUACUCCACCUUGACAUAAACCACCAAGCAGCAUGCCCCACCCUGAUAUACUCCAAAAUUGAGAUUCUUUUCUGUAUUAUAGCAAUCCCGAUUGGUCAGCUGUACAUACAUGUUGCUUCUUAAAGAUCAGUGAUGACCUCGCUACUUGGGACUUUAAAAAAAUAUUGCUGGCUCUGCUGAGAUCUGUACAGUUGAUGUGCUUGUGGGAUGCCUGUAAUUCAUGCUUGGGAUUUUCUGUAACAUAGUUUCUAUUAAUGUAUGUAAAGGACAGAUACCUAAACACACCCCCUCCCUCAAACACUACUGAACCUACUGAGAUGAUGUGCAAGCUAAGGAUUGUCUGCAGGCUUUUAUUUUCUUUGUGUGAAGUGUUGAAUGGAGGCCCCCCCCCAACUUAUUAGAGCGCCUCCAUGUGGUUGGGGCUUAUUGCUGUCUUAUUUUUGUAUGUUUUAGUGGGGGGGGGAGUUGGUGUGGUUUUCUCUUUCCCAGUGUUCUGCCUCUUUGCAGUCUGAGCAACCACUUCCUGCUUAUCUGUCCACAAGUACAAAAAAGUACAUAUGUAUAAAUUUUUAAGGAGCUGUGCUAACAUUUAAAUGCAUUCUUGCGUGUACAUGAUUUUAAAAUGUUGACAUUUUGAUUUUGACAAAUACUCUAGCCAGAAAAAAUAAAUUAUACAUAACCUGUU